AUGUCGCUCCUCGACCUUCCCUCGGGUAAAGUAUACGUAGAAACGUCAGGUCUGGAAACGGGCUCGACAGUCAUUUGUAUUCACGGUCUGGGCGGUUCGUCGUCAAACUUUUACCCUUUGGUAGAAGCCGCGGAAUUGGGGAAGAAGUAUAAAGUGGUGUUGUUCGAUUUACCUGGUCAUGGGUUGAGUCCUUUGGGUGGUCAAACGGAAACAAAAGGGGUAGAGGUAUAUGUACGUUGUUUGGAAGAAGUCACAGAUGCUUUGAAAAUUGAGAAAGCUGCUUUGGUAGGACACUCGAUGGGAUGUCUUAUCGCGACUACUUUCGCUUCUCUUUACCCAAAAAGAGUGACUAAAUUAUGUCUACUCGGCCCAAUCAAACAAUUCCCAUCUACACCAUUCCAACCCCUCCUCGAUCGUGCAUCCACAGCCCGAUCAUCCUUAUCAUCCUUCUCUACCCUCUCAUCAACCCUUUCCAUCGGUGGAACUUCCCCUUCCUCCCAUUCGAACCAUCUCGUCAUAGCUGCGGUCCGUACUUCUAUCCUUCAUACUGACCCUGAAGGUUACGCUCGAGCUUGUGAAGCGUUAGCACAUGCUACAGACCCUGCAUAUGGAUCAGUGGAAGGUGAUGUGUUGGUGAUUAGUGGACAUGACGAUAAAACUUCCACUGAACAGAUCGGAGAAAGUUUGGUAAGUGUUUUGAAAGGGAAAAGAGAGGUGGUCAAGGGAGGUCAUUGGAUGUUGUUGGAAAGUGUCGAAGAGGUUGCGGUGUUGGCAAAGGGUUUCCUGAUUGAUUAA